AUUGAAAACUUCAGAAAUCUGCCUCUGUACUCGAUCAAUUAGGUCUCUCCUCCUUCUGGAUCCCGAUUCAAGGAACCGGCCGCCGGCUAUGUAUCGCCCUCCGUCCACCUCCUCCUCCAUGUAUCCUAGAGUCGGCUCCUCCGGCGCCCCUACGCCGGACCUCGAAGCACCUUAUGUCCACCCGACCUCAUCUGCACCUCCCCCUUCCUCCGUCGCUGCAGGACUUGGCAUCAAAGUUAUGAUAAAACCAGAAUAUCUUAUAACACCACCUCAGUUAGCACCUCAAAUGCCAGAAGUUCCUCGUAGCAAAUUCAAAUUUGAUUUUGAGUUUGAGAAACAAAUACUAGCUGAAGCUGAAAAAGAUAGUCAGAGUUGGAGCAAAAUCGCAUCUCAAAAACAGCCAUCAAAGCCUUCAAGUGUGUCAUCAUCUUCAUCUUCUUCAAUGGCAUCAUCAGGGGAUCCAAUUGUGGACAAGUAUGUUGCCUCAGGGCUUGGACGUGAAGCUGUGUCACUUGCAGUGCUGAACUAUGGUGACAAUCCGAUGAAGGUGAGGGAAUUUGUAAAAGGGUACAACAUUCUCCGCGAAAUGGGGUUCCCGUCGAAGAAUGUGGCAGAGGCAUUGGCCAUUUACGAUAAUGACACAGACAAGGCCGUCGCCCACUUUCUUAACACCUCGCAGUGAUGCUCAGCGCUUAAUGUUUUUAAAGUGUUGAUUUUGUGUUCAAUAGACCCUCUCGAUGUUAUAUUUGUGUGUAUAAACAGCAACAUGUAUUGCAUAGUCUUGUUACCAUAUAAAAGUAUUAUUGUUUGUUGACUAA